AUGUGCGCCUGCAACGCCAGGUUCUCGGUACACAUCCUCACACGACCAAGCGAGACCAGCAACCUCGGGUCUUGUUUUGAGCAGCAGGCAAGACAGGGCCUCAGCAUCUCCGACCUUCGUCUAUGCUGCUUCCUGAUAGAGCAUGCCAUCAACUCGGGAUCCGGGGGCAGGGCCUGGUCGGAUAUUGCAAUGACCGAGGCCCUUGUUCAGCUGAAUAGCGCAGGGCAGGCUCUUGAUAGCGACGCCGAGGCCCUGGCUGUUGUAUCUCAGUACCUCGCCGUGGCAAGAGCAAUCAUGUGUAUUGGGAACCCUGAUCUGCACUUGACGCAGCAGCGAGCUCCCCAGCACAGCCUGUCAAGUGCCACGUCUGACACGCCUGUGUGGAGGAGACUUUGGAUCAUCCUACGCAUCCAGGAACUGUGCCGCAAGCCGUUUACACAGCAGGAAACCCGACCUUGGGAUAAAGACUCGGAUUUCCGAUGCAUCCAGGAAGAGCUUGAUGGGUUCAUGACACGAUGGCCUGGGCCCUUUUCAACUGCAGUAUCAGACGCCUGUCCCAAGGAUCCGGAAACCUCCAUCGCCCUGCUGGUCAGCCACUGCAGCAUCAUCUCGCCGAACCGAACGUUUCUGCCGAUCCCUCGGAAGACGACCGGGUGUCGGGAAGGGGCACAUGUUCUGCACUGGGUUAAUUUCCCUUCAGCCCCAGACCUCUUCAUCAGGGAGCGCAUCAGUCGAUGCGAAGCCAGCGUAGCCGCCAUCUGCCUCGUCUGCAGGGAGCUCAUUGCAGAUGGUCAGUUCUUUGCACAAUCAUUCUGGAUAGGGCUUUCGUGUGUCCUCUCCGCACUGGUCAUGAUCAGCCCUCUUCACGCAGGCUCCAUGUCGGGGACCAACAUGGUUGAGAGCCUCAAGUUCACUUUCACCAUUGUCGUGUCGCUGCGGCAGUUCCUGAAGCCAGCCAAUGACUGGGUUGAAAUGCUCUUCCACCUUUACGACGCCGCUGCUUAUCUGGAUCCAGAGGGCUGUCCCGCAGAGAAUUCCUUCUUGACCUAUUUUGACCGCUAUCCGGGCAUCCAGGACAAGAUCAAGGUCCCUCUAUCCUGGAAACCCUCGCCUACCCCAUCACCACGCCAGAAACGAACUCCUCGCGACUAUGCCCGAUCGGAGGCUCCCAUGAGAGAAAGAGAAGCUCCAUGCCGGGAAGCUACUUGGAUUCAGAUCUACACGGACCAGUUGGAUCUGGACAUGGCCCUGCCAGAUCAGCUGGAAGCGGCCAACACAUCGACAGGCAGCGCUCUGGGAUGGCCUGUGCCGAAUGACGGGUUCAGUGUUGACGUGUCCGAGAUGCUGACGCUGAUCUUGAACGACAACCUGGAGCACCCGCGGGCAUCCGCAGCAAAUGAAGUUCGACGGUCACGUGUUGCCCCAAGGAUAGCCGACCCCCUUAUCAUCAACGGAAAAGCUUCCCCGCACCCACGCGCUCAAGUUCGUGUUCCCAAUCGAAUCGAAUCCAUAGCAGAAGGUGAAAGAAAUGCAGCGAGACAUAGCCACCAUCUCGAAGCGAAACGACCACGGGGCCUGCUGGACUUGCCUGAGGCGUCACGUAGAAUGCGAUGGAGGCCUGCCACGUAUGGUGUGCGUUGCCGUGGGUUUGGGGCUCAGACCCGGCUGCCGGAUGAUACCGCAUCGAGACCAAGGGCUCGGAGGAGCACAAGACGGCCCAGCAAGCCGGGAGCGUUGCCCGGCGCGUGCUCGUCACCUGUGCUACUGGCUGGCACACACUCGCAGUCGCCCUCGGCCUGGAUGCCCUGGCCCAGCCUGAACGGGAAGGACAGCUUUUUCAUGCAGCACUUCCUGCGCAAGUCCCUCCUCCUCUAUCUUACAUGGCCACUGUCUAAUAAAAUGGCAAAGAACAUCUCCAGGAUCCCGUUGGCAGUUGACUACGAUGGGAACGGGUACCGCCAGCUGCUGCCCCUCGCCAUGGAGGAGCCGGCGCUGGUGAACGGCAUCCUGGCAGUCGCAUCCUCUCACCACCACCGCUGGCAGGGUGUGCAAGAUACAGAGUCUCGAGCAUACCUCAGGGCCAGCACAGCGGCUCUGUCGAGGAGGUUCAGACAGCCCCAGCUCAUCGACACCCCCAACACCCUGGCUACCAUCCUCAACUUUGGCCAACCAGGGAUACCACGGCUCGAAUCAUGGCUGGACACAUCGCCGGGCUUGGACGAGGCUGGAGACACCAUCGACGUUCUCUUCGGCUGCUCCACUAAUCUACCACGGCUGAUGCUUGCUGCAUCCGAGCUCGAAUCGCUGCGCUCGACCGGCAAACUCUCACAGCAAGAGGCGCUCGCCAGUGCCGAAGCCUUGCAGACCAAGAUCCGACAGACGCAGAUACCGGAGGGAUCUGAACCAUCCCUGGGAGUCAUAUACCAGUAG